AUGUGCCGAUUAUUUUUGCUAUCCCAAUGGCUCAUAUCGAUCAGUUUAACUCUCCUUUUGAAUAAUAAGACUUUGUAA